CCCCGAAAAUAGAAAAACCAUUCCAAGUAUACGUGAAAGUUUUGGAAGUCCGUCUGAUAGCACUAUGGCGUUUAAGAGAGUAUUGUUUCUUAUAUGUGCCAUCACCCUUACAUCAGCAGCCCCUGCAAACCGUGAUACUAAGAGAGCAGAAUACGAUUAUGAAUAUGAAAAUUCAAAUCAAGCCCAGCAACCGGCUGAGUCAAACCACUACGAUGCCUACAUACAAGAAGUUAAAGCCGCCGCCGGUGAUUCAAGCAAAAAAGGCUUCAGCCGAGGCUCUGGCUUAAGAACAAUCGCUAUUGGCUCCGCUAAUCAAGCGAAAACUGCGCUGGGGAAUCAGCAAGCCGCUGCAUACCAAGCUGCGUAUGUUGCUAAGAACACACUAGCUCAAUCAGCUUCACAAUCCAGUGCAACGGCCCAAGCAGCGCUUGCGGGAAAACAAGUGAUCCUUGCAGGGCUGGAACAGCAAGUGAGAGAUGCGAAGGUUGGGCUGCAAGGAGAAGAAAUGCAGCUGCAGCAGGCGAAAAGAGCAGCACAAUCUGCAGCGCAGGCGGCUCAACAAGCUAUGCAUCAGGUUAACGUGAUCCAAGCGGCUCUGAACGCUGCGCAAGCGACAUCGGAGAACGCGAACGAAGCCGCGUCACAGGCAGCGGGAGAACUCGGCGCUCAAACUGCCAUGGUGGGGGCUGCGAGACAAAGACUACAGACACUGCAGGAACAACUCAAGGGUGUCAGGAUUGACUUCGAGGCUACUCAGGCCGCUGCUAGGAAAGCACAGGCUGCAGCACAGCAAGCUCAAGCGAACGCAGCAGAAGCUGCAGCUAAGGCGGCAGCGGCAGGGCUCGGGCAGAAAGACUCCUCACAUGAAGGUACGAGCAGUGAAGAGUAUAGGGCUCCGGAAACCCAGGAGUACUACCAGACGGAAUACCAGCACCAGUAG